AUGCUGAUCCGGGAGGUCAAGCGCUUCCUUGUGCUUUUCGUUCCCCUCAUCACCGCCGUCUUCCUCACCGUCCGCCUGAUCAAGAAGCACACCCAGCCCCGCCCGACCUGGGCCAACUACUCGCCUCGCGCCCGCGGUGCAGCGUUGCCGCCGCGAUGGAGUCGGCAGCGUGACCAACAGCAGCGCCCACUUGGCGGCGACGCCGUUGCCAUUCUCAAAGAUAAUGCCGGCAGCGGCAGUGGUAGCGGCAUAGGGAUACCAGCGGCCAAGGAUGCCUUGGCUGCCGCCGUUCCCAAGGAGAAAGCGCUCCCGCCACCCAAGCCUCCACCGGGCUCUCCGGCCGCGCAGUUUAAGCUCGGCGAGACUGCUCCCGUCCAGUCGGGCGUCGAGGGCUUCGCGCCCUUCGAUGACCCGUUUCAGGACGCGUCCGACUCGGCGCCGCACACCCAUAUCGUCCUAUCCUCUGCCGGCACUGUCGCGUUGGAUGCCCAGGGCAAGACAGGGGCGGCCGUGACUAGCCAGUCCGGCCGUGGUGGCAGCUACUUCCCGAUUCAGUUCGGCGACCGCACCGCCAUCAACCCCAACGUGAUGGCGCACCCGCUGCUGGCCGACACGUACAUCAUCGUGGCGCAGGAGCACCCGCAGCGAGACGGCGUCGGCUCGCCCUUUGCCGAGAUCACGUGCAAUGCGGCCUUCCAGCGUGGCGGCGUGCUGGCAUGCGUCACCUUCCCCGUCGACCUGGCCAUCGCGCACACGGCCACGACCGAGGGCGCGUGCGAGGCGUCGGUGAAGUACGGCCCGCUGAGCAUGAACCGUGGCCCACACGACGCGCGUGUCUUUUACGGGCCCGACGGCGCCCCGCUCGUGGUCUUCGGGUCCAACUCGGGCCUCACCUGCUUCGGCCAGUGGAUCCAGGACCUGCGCGUGCCCGCCCGCUGGGACGACGCGCCUGUGGAUGCGGAUGCCCUCAACGCCGCGCUCGAGGCCGGCGACCACCCGUCGUUUGCCGUCGGCGGCGGCACCCGCGGUGCCGUGGGCGAUGCCGCCAGGUCCGCCAAGGCGCUCUCGGCCCCUGGGAUCGUGGCCGCGGCCGAGAAGCACCAGUUCGCGCUCGCGACCGAGAUGCACCGACCCAAGGCCCCCCCACCGUCCCUGUCAUCCCCCGCUACUCAAAAUCAGUACGAGAUCGUAGAGAAGAACUGGUUCGUCUUCUGGGACCGCCACGGCGAGCGCUACGUGCACCACGACAUGCACCCGCGGCGCGUCUUUGCCGCCCUCGCCCGCGACGGCACCGCGGGGCCCGACCUUGGGCCCGCGACGGCCGACGCCGACGCCGCCUGCUUCAAGCGCUUCUUCCCGGACCUCAGGUCGCGGCGCGGCGCGUCUCUGCCGACGGGGGACUCGGAGUCCAUCGUCGAGGACGACGAGGUCCACCAGGCGACCAACUCGCUCACCAUCACGCUCUGCAGGCGCGCGGACCAGUCGUGCGCUGCGUCCGAGGCCAACACGUUCGUCAUGAGCAUCGUGCACCGCAAGCGCAGCCACGCCGGCGGCCUGCGCUACUCGUACGAGCCGUACGUGGUGCUGUUCCGGCAGGCGCCGCCGUUCGCGCUGCACGGCAUCUCGGCAAAGCCGCUGUGGAUCAAGGGCAGGCGCCGCAUGAUGUCGCCGGCCGCGCUGCCGGCCGAGGAGAUGGAGGAGGGCGGGCACGUGCGGAGCGAAAUGUUUUAUAUCACCAGCAUCGGCUGGCGCGGGGCCAAGCAGAGGUACCACGGGUACCUGGAUGAUGUGUUGUUUGUCGGGUUUGGCAUCGAGGACAAGAGGCCGGCGGCGAUCGAUGUCACUGCCGCUGACCUGCUGCAGGGCUUGGGGCUGUGUGUCGAGGCGGGGGCUACUGCUUGA